GUUCUACUACAAUAUUAAUACUUUACGCAUACGGAUCGUAUCAUUGUUAAAAGUUUGUGUUAAUAAUUUAUAGUCAUUUAGGUUUAUGAUAUAUCCAUAAUGUCUAGGGAACGGAUGUCUCGCAGAUUUUACCGUGUAGACAGUCAGAGUGACUUGAGCUUCAUGGACAGAGGCCGUCUGGCAUCAUCAGAAAACAGAUGGAUUUUUGAGGCAGCCUGGGAGGUGGCCAACAAAGUUGGCGGUAUAUACACAGUCAUUCGUUCCAAGGCCUACAUCUCUACAGAGGAGAUGGGGGAGCAGUACUGUUUGCUGGGACCUUAUAAAGAGCAAUCAGCAAGAACAGAAGUGGAGGAGGCUGACUUUGCCGAGACUAGUCCUUUACAUGUUGCUGUUAACAGUAUGAGGCAGCAAGGUUUUAAAGUGCACACAGGAACAUGGCUGGUGGACGGCAACCCUCAAGUUAUCCUUUUUGACAUAGGCUCAGCUGCAUGGAAGUUGGAUGAAUACAAGCAAGAGUUGUGGGCUAAGUGUAGCCUUGGGAUUCCCCACUUGGACGUUGAAGCAAAUGAUGCAGUAAUCCUUGGUUAUCAAAUGGCUCAUUUCAUUGAAGAGUUCCGCAAGGCUGCUGAGCAGAACUCCGAGUGUUCUCCGCGCAUUGUUGCUCACUUCCACGAGUGGCAGGCAGGAGUGGCCUUGAUAGUGUUACGCACAAGAUUUGUGGAUGUGGCCACUGUGUUCACAACGCAUGCCACACUUUUGGGUCGAUACUUAUGCGCUGGCAACACUGACUUCUACAACAAUUUGGAUAAGUUUAAUGUGGAUGAAGAGGCAGGAAAAAGACAGAUCUAUCAUCGCUACUGCAUGGAGCGCGCUGCCACCCAUUUAGCACAUGUUUUCACUACUGUGUCAGAAAUCACUGGACUUGAGGCAGAACAUUUGCUGAAGCGAAAGCCUGAUGUCAUCACACCAAAUGGUCUGAAUGUCAAGAAGUUUUUGGCUCUUCAUGAAUUUCAGAAUUUGCACGCCAUUUCAAAAGAGAAGAUCCAUGAGUUUGUGCGUGGACAUUUUUAUGGACACUAUGAUUUUGAUCUCGACAAGACCCUGUACUUCUUCAUUGCUGGUCGCUAUGAAUUUGGCAACAAAGGAGCAGAUAUUUUUAUUGAAGCCUUGGCACGGUUAAAUCAUUACCUAAAGAUGAUGCAUCCAGAUGUUACAGUUGUAGCAUUUCUCAUAUUUCCUACGAAAACUAACAAUUUCAAUGUAGAGAGUUUGCGUGGUCAUGCUGUGACAAAGAGCUUACGUGAUACCAUCAAUCACAUUCAGCAACAAAUUGGAAAGCGAAUGUACGAAGUUUGCCUUAGUGGCCGGCUUCCAAAUUCAAGUGAUCUACUUCAGAAAGAGGAAACAGUGCGACUGAAGCGCUGUAUCUAUUCCCUACAGAGAGAUGGGCUGCCCCCAGUCACUACCCACAACAUUGUUGAUGAUUGGAACGACCCUGUUCUUGAUUCUGUGAGACGCUGCCAAUUGUUCAACACUGUUCAUGACCGUGUAAAGAUAGUUUUCCAUCCAGAAUUUUUGACCUCUACGAAUCCAUUAUUUGGUCUGGAUUAUGAAGAAUUUGUUCGUGGCUGUCAUUUAGGAGUGUUUCCGAGCUACUACGAGCCAUGGGGAUACACCCCAGCCGAGUGCACAGUUAUGGGUAUCCCAUCGGUCACAACAAACCUAUCAGGAUUUGGCUGUUUCAUGCAAGAUCACAUCGCAGAUCCUAUGAGCUAUGGAAUUUAUGUAGUAGACAGACGAUUUAUUUCUUUGGAAGGGACUGUGCAACAACUGUCUCAGUACAUGUACGAGUUUGCUCGUUUAAGCAGGCGACAACGGAUCAUCCAGCGUAAUCGCACUGAACGACUCAGUGAUAUGCUGGAUUGGAGAAACCUUGGAAUUUACUAUCGACAAGCACGUGUAAAAGCCUUGCAAGCGGUCUACAGCGAAGUUGAGUCAGAAGAUGAUGAACAGAGUAUUAGCAAAUUUAACUAUCCGCGCCCCAUUUCGGAGCCACCAUCUCCAUCCACUUCUCGCCCCACCACUCCCGGGGGCUCUCUGCACGGCAGUGAUGAAGAGGACGAAGUUGACGAGGAGAAAGAGCUUGAAGAAUUGGCUGGCGAUUAUGUAAAACAUACAAGUUAGUUCAAAUCUGUAAGCCACUUUCUUUUUCAUUGAAACAAAUGUAAAUUAGUAAAAUGCAUCAAUCUCAUGCAUUAAAUAGUUAAACAUAUUUUUGUAUACAGGAUCUACAAUUUUUAAAAAUUAACUGUAUAUUUAAUUGCAUUAAUAAUAAAAUGCACGUUCAAAUGUUCUGUGUUGUAUAGCAAAGAAUAAAGCAAAUACUCAUUUUCCUAUUGUAAAUUUUUCUGGGGUUUAAUCAUGGUAGCAUAUAAGAAUAAAAGUCUCUUGUAGUACUGAUAAAAGUUUUCGUAAUUGACUGAAUUUUCUAGAAGAGGCUUUGUAAUAUCUUGUCACUCAUCGUGAAAUUAUUAGUUCUUUAACCUACUUGGCAAAUAUUUCAAGUAGCAGAAAGAGUUCCUAUGUUUCCUUUAGAAAUUUACUGCAUUCUUUCUUCACUGAAGCAGAAUUCGUUAAAUAAAUAAUAUAAAUUUAUUUUGUUUUUAAUGUAUUUAAUCUAUUUUCUUUGUAUGUUUUGUGUAUACAAGAAAUAAAAAAGUCCCUAUUGUC